CGCUGGGAGACUUCACCGGGCGUAACCGAACCUGAGCGUGGGUCGCUCGCUGACGUGUACUGAAUGACAUCCAGAGAAACCAUAUAACGGGGAGGAUGUGAGGGGCGGAGCCGUGUUAGCUGAGACGUGGUCCAAUAGGGGUGCGAUAUGAUGGUUUGGUUGCACAGCACGGUGUGUUGCCGGUAGGUACUAGGGGUUGGCCUGGUGCAGUAGAGACCUGGAGCUGAAGAUGGGCGGAAUGCUCUUGGCGAGUGGCGUGGCUGCGGCUUUUGUCUUAUUGGUGGCGCCGUCCGAGGCAUUGAAGGAAGGGGAGUGUGAAGUAUGUUUGUCAUUCCUGGGACGGUUUUACGACUCUCUGAAUGAACAAGGUAUAAACUUCACUCCUGAUGUUAUAGAGGAACAUCUAAUCCAGACUUGCAAAGAUGUCAAGGGCAAGGAGAACCGAUUUUGCUAUUACAUUGGAGCAACACGUGAUGCAGCCACCAAGAUAGUUAAAGAAGUCUCCAAACCCAUGAGCAAUCAUGUACCGGUUAAUAAAAUAUGUGAAAAACUGAAGAAGACAGACAGUCAGAUCUGUGAUCUGAAAUAUGACAAACAGGUGGACCUGAGCACAGUUGAUCUGAAGAAGCUGCGAGUCAAGGAGCUGAAGAAGAUCCUUGACGAGUGGGGCGAGUCAUGUAAAGGCUGUGCAGAGAAAUCUGACUUCAUCCGGAAAAUCACUGAUCUGAUGCCCAAGUACGCCCCCCUUGCUGCCAAAUCACGGAGUGAACUCUAGUGAAACCCCAAGUGUGCCCUGCCACCACCUCGUUAUUGUACAUUUCCAUUGGUUUUUCACUUGCCUUUUUUGUAUUUAUUAAUAAAAAGGGGACUUUAAUGUCUUGAGAUUUGCUAUAAAAUAAACUGAUUCUCGGGAAGUGUUGCUUGUGGUGUUUUAGGAGAAAAGAGUUAGAGCAUGGAGGUGCUUGUAAAAGUUGCAUAAAAAUUUAUGCUAGCUGGUUUUCUGAGCAGUGCUGUGGAAUGUGGUCAUGCAGCAGCUCCCUAGGGGUAUAGUGGCAUUUUGUUUUAUCGUUAACCUACUUUUGCAUUGUGAUAUCUUAUAGGCCUUUGUUUCAAAUCUGUUGCUAAUUGGCUGAAUUAGUCUACACUCUUGUAGUAAAGGCCCCAUGUGAAAAGGAAUUGAAGCAGUCUGAACCUAUCCCUACUGGGCAUGAACUGUCAUUAGUUGGGUAUUUGGCACACCAAUUCAGGGAGGCACUGUGGCAAUGAACCAAGUGCCCAGGAAUUUCCAAUCCCCACCCUAAGCUAGUUGAUCUAUGUGGUGAAAGAGAAAUUGGUUAAACACCCUGGAUGAGCUCAGCAAAACCCAGUAAGGACCUGCAACCUCUAUUUUGUAUUGUACAGCAAUCCCUACUGGAAAAUGUAUGUUUGUCGACACUGAAGGAACAUAGGCUUGGACUUAACUAUACGGUGAUUUCUCCUCAGCCCCCCCAACUUAUUUUGCUCAAGGGGUUUUCUAUAGUGUGUCCAAAGUGUAAGGGACUUCUUUGUGGAAUGGCGUGGGUGGGGGAAGAAGAGGGGAUAUUACCAGCAAGUACUAGAUAUGGAUCUAACUGGUGUGGGAAGUGAAAUUCACACUGGUGAAAUUGUGGACAUUCCUCGAGUCACAUUGAAUCAGAGUGAUAGCUGGCCUAUGGAGAGGUGCUGAUGCUCGCACUGGGUGGCGUUGUCAUCCUUGCCUGGCAAUGAUGUCCCUCAGGGCACAAAGACUUGUAUAUCCCCUGCCACUUCCAGCCCCAGAGGGGAAAAGCCAAUUGUCCAGUUUGGCACUCAGCUGCCUGUACAGUGCAGAUAUCUAUUAACCCACUUUUUUUGUUCUGUUUACAAAAAUCUUGUUCAUUAAAUAUUUUUUUUUAAAUAAA